AUGUUGAGGAGUUUAGUUUGUCUACGUCGAGUAUUUAGUAAUUCGCCGGGUGCAUGUCGACCAUAUGCAACAGCUGUCCAUGCUAAUACUAAAGUUACACUUUCUCCGAUUAUUUCAAAAACACCAGAAACGAAAAUCACAACAUUGAACUCGGGAUUGCGGGUUGCAAGUCAAUCUACUCCCAAUUCGACUGCUACAGUAAGUUCUGUUUUAUCUUUGUUUUAUAUUUUAGGUUGGUGUAUUUAUUGAUGCUGGCUCGAGGUACGAGAAUGAAAAGAAUAAUGGUGUUGCCCACUUUCUCGAACAUAUGGCCUUUAAAGGAACGAGAAAGCGUUCUCAGAUAGGGAUCGAGCUAGAAGUUGAAAACAUUGGGGCUCAUUUGAAUGCGUAUACUUCAAGGGAACAUACAAUUUACUAUGCGAAAUGUCUUGAAAGUGAUCUCGGUCAAGGUAUGUUUACUAUUUAUAUUAAGUAACUCGUUUCUUUAGCUGUAGAAAUCUUGUCUGACAUUCUUUUGCACAGCGUUUACGGCAAGGAUGAAGUGAAGCGGGAGAAGGAUGUUAUUGUAAGGGAAUCAGAGGAGAUUGAUCAGAUUAUGCAAGAAGUCGUCUUCGAUAGACUACAUCUAGAUGCCUAUCGUGGAUGUUCUCUGGCCAGACCAAUUCUGGGCUCUAUUGAAAAUAUUCGGUCAGUUUUUCCAAUUUUAUAUUUAUUCCUUAGGUCUAUGAAACGAGAAGAUCUUGUGGAAUAUGUGAAGACAUAUUACAAGGGCCCAAAGAUGGUACUGGCUGCAGCCGGAGGAGUUGAUCAUGACCACUUGGUUGGUUUGGCAAAUAAAUAUUUUGGUGGAAUUCAAAGAGGGUCAGAAGAUGUUCUAAAGUAUGAGAAAGGAGUAUUCCAUGAGUCUUAUGUAAGUUGUUCUUCUUUGUAAAAUUACUUAUGUUUUUAGGAUGUAAUGGAGACGAAUAAUAUGGAUCUUUGUUAUGGGGUAUUGGCAGUGGAGAGCACGUCAUGGACUCAUCCAUUGAGUUUGGCAGUUCAAGUCGCUUCAGGCGUAAGUCGAUUCUUGAUGAGUAAUCUAGAGGGUUUAGUUGACCGGUCAGUUUAACCGAACGCAAGGAGCUGGCUUAACGAUGCCUACAAGAUUAGCCAUGUUGAUGGAACAGAACCAAAAAGUGGAGUCUUUCCUGUCAUUUGUUACCAAUUACAAAGACACCGGUCUUAGUGGAGUAUACUUCGUAACAGAACCAGCAGGCCUUAGAUCAAUGAUUAAAGCCAUUUGUGACGAAUGGACAGAAUAUUGCUAUAAUAUCAACGAGAAAGACGUGACCAGUGCGAAGAAUGUUCUCUAUAACAACAUGGUGAUGAUGUUGGAUGGGACAACACCCAUUUGUGAAGAUAUCGGACGCCAAUUACUUUGCUAUGGACGCCAGAUCAGUAUUCCAGAACUCAAAGCUCGGAUUGACGUAAAUAAUUUGAAUUACUAUAUUGGUCAUGCAUCCAACCUUUACUAAAUAUAAAAUUCUAGGCAAUCGACGCUAGAACGAUCCAACAAGUGAUGCACGAGUUCUAUUUGAAUAGACCGAUCGCCCUGAAUGUGAUAGGCCCCACACAGGACUGUCCUAGCCUCAAAGAGAUCAAGAAAUGGCUCUCAGAAUAG